AUGAGUCUGUUAAACAAGCCAAAGAGCAAGAUGACUCCCAAGGAGCUGCAGAAGAGAGAGGAAGAGGAGUUUAAGACGGGGCCCCUCUCUGUUCUGACACAGUCGGUCAAAAAUAACACACAGGGCCUUAUUAACUGCUGGAACAACAACAAGCUGCUUGGCAGAGUCAAGGCCUUUGACAGGCAUUGCAACAUGGUGUUAGAAAACGUGAAAGAGAUGUGGACCGAGGUACCCAAGAGCGGAAAAGUCAAGAAGUCAAAACCUGUCAACAAGGACCGAUAUAUCUCUAAGAUGUUCCCUCGAGGGGACUCUGUGACUGUCGUACUUAGGAACCCACUGAUCACAGGCAAAUGA